AUUCAUCAAAAGAUUCAAAACACAAGCAAAGCAAUAUCUUUGAAUUUGAGAUUAGUAUUCAGUCUUGAAUUAGUAUAUGGGAAACAUCAGCUCUUGCAUCACCGCCCAGCCCAACACAGCAAAACUCAUCGAUCUUCAACGGGGAACGGUUCGCCUGCUCGCUCUCCCGACCACGGCCGCCGACCUCAUGCUCGAAGAGCCCGGCCGCCUAGUUUCUCCGAUUAGUGAACUCCGGCGCGAUCGCCGAUUCUCCGCCAUAAAAGCCGACGAGAAUUUGAUCGGCGGCGGGGUUUAUGUAGUGAUUCCGGUGAGUAGAGUGAACGGAAGGGUUGCGGAUUCGGAGAUGGAGGCUAUCGAGUGGUUUUGCAGCGGGAGGAGAUCGAAACGACGUAGUUCCAGAGUUCUUCCGGAGGAGGGUUGUGAUAGAGUAGUAUUAGGAGAAGAGAUUGGGCGUGGGAAUCAUCGAGUGAAGCAGUGGAAACCUGCUUUGGAACCUAUUCACGAGGGAAUUUUACUCUAAUCAAUUCAAUUCUAUAAGGUUUCGGAUUAUCUUUUUUUAAAUCCUUCACCUAUGUACUACUCCCUAGUAAUAAUUCGCCCCGAUUUUGUGAAUGUGCUACCGUUUAUUCAAUAUCACUAGUGAUUCAAUGA